AUGAAGACACGGCCCUGUUGCCUCAGGAGUGGCCAUAAGCCCCGGCAGAGCCUGGGAAGGAGCUGAGCUGCUGAGACAAGGGGACUGGAGUGAGGUGGGACAGCCAGGGGUGGUCAGGAGACCCCACAAAGCAGCAUGAACCUGUUCCUGGGUACCAUCCUGCUGCUCCUGAUGCCGCCUGAUGUUGCCAGGGGAAAUGAGCGCUGUUCCGCUCUGGGGCGGGGUGAUGAUUCCCUCUCGUGCUGCAACGUGACAGUGGAUCCGAAGAAACGGGGCCGUGGGUUUGGUAUCCUCCAGCUGCCCCAGCGCUGCCCGGAGCUGGGGCGCUCCUACAGCUCCGCCUGUGCCUGCCUGCGGGAUCGCUGGUUCAGGGAGGUGCAGGGGCUGCACAGUCGGCUGGUCGGGCUCAAGAAGCUGCUCCUGAAUGUCAGCAGGGCUGCUGUCCGUGAUGUCCUCAUCACCUUUUCCCCCACGGAGGGCCCCACCACACUGAACACCACAGAGAAGGGGAAGGCAGGAAAAAUCCAUCUCCCCAGGGAGAUAUUUCGGUCUCUGAGUAGCCAGAUAGUGCAUGUGGUGGUGACAGUUCUCAACAUCCAGCAGCUUGGCAUGUUCAAGGAAGUCAACCAGGCAGGGCAGGUCCUGGACAACACUGUGGUGGGCAUCACAGUGGGAAACACCAGCAUCUCCGGGCUGCGGGACCCCGUGCAGCUCACCUUCACCCACAGGCAGCUGCCCCGUGAUGUCACCCCGCAGUGUGUCUUCUGGGAUCCCAGCAAAGGGCAGGCAGGAGGCUGGCACAGCAGUGGAUGUGUCACACAGCCUGGGGACCAGAAGACAGUCUGCUCCUGUGACCAUCUCACCUUCUUCACCCUCCUCCUGAACCCAGCUCUGGACAGCCCCACAGCACAAGCCUUGAUGGCUGUUGCCACCGCUGGCUGUGGGGUAGCCAUGGCUUUUUCCAUCUUCACCAUCGCCUUCUGCCUCUUCAUAAGGUGCAGGUUUGGGUUUGAGGAGACCGUGCGCAUCAACCUGGGGCUGCACAUGAACCUCGUGGGCAGCCUGUUCCUCCUCAACCUGGCCUUCCUGCUCAACAGUGGGCUCUCUGGGAGGACCCAGCCGGGGACCUGUAAGGUCCUGGGGGGGCUCACCCACUACUGCCUGCUCUGCUGCUUCACCUGGACGGCGCUGGAGGGUUGUCAGCUCUACCUCCUCUUCGUCAAGGUCCUUGGUGUCUACAUCCACCACUACCUGGCGAAGCUGUGCCUGCUUGGCUGGGGCUUGCCCAUUCUCAUGGUGGGAGUGGCAGGAGCUAUCGGCAGCUACGGAGAGUACAGCAUCCAGACCACGGACCACCAGGUCAUAGCCCACCUGUGCUGGAUCACUUCCAAACAUGUCCUGCUCCACUACAUCACCAACUGUGGCUACUUCAGCCUCAUAUUCCUCUUCAACAUGGUUCUCUUUGGGGUGGUGACCCAGAAGAGCUGCAGCUUGCAGGGCACAGGGGCAGUGCAGGGAGGCCGUAAGCCCUGGAAGGUGGCCCUAGUGGCAGCAGGGCUCUUCUGCCUGCUGGGAGCCACCUGGGCCCUGGCAUUCCUCACCCAUGGCAUCUCCUCUGCGCCCGUGCUCUACUUCUUCACCAUCCUCAACUCUCUCCAAGGAAUCUUCAUAUUCAUCUGGCUGGUCAUCCUCUACUACCCAAAGACGAAGGAGACCACUGGCUCCCUAUCCCACAUCAUCAGACAUGACAAAAACACCACAGUCUCCCAGGAGUAGCUCCUGGCUGGACCUCUCUUCCUGCCUGUGUGUGCAUCCACUGAGAGCAAUCUUUGAUCCUGGCAGAUGCAGCUUCCCCACGGAGGGAGGAAUCAGUUUGCCACACCCGAGUUUGUCCUUCAGUGGGCAUGAUCCACCUCAGCAGGGCUCUUUGCUUUGGCUCUUCCAUUCCUGGUGGCCUGCCUUGGGCAAGGAGCUUCAGAGAUGACCCUUCCACUGAAGUCCCUCCAGGCUGAAGUUCUGUGGUCUUGAAGUGCCCCUGAUCUUAUCCCCCAAAGGGCU